AUGAAUACCGCUCCUUAUCCUAUUGCAUGGAAUCGUGCCCACACAAAAUCUCAGCAACAAACGUUCGAAAAUCAGCACGCUAUGCUUUGCCAGUAUGAUGCAGACUGGGUCAAUUUCCUGGCCUACCUCCGACGAGUGGAUAAAGAGUGCAGGAUACGAACUUGGGCACAGAAUGUGUCUCAAGCUCUCGCAAAAAGCGUCAAUGGAUGCCGACCUCCUGCGCUUCUCCCAGAUAUGGAAGAUCAGAAGGAACGGAUACAAGAACUUGCAGCACAGAUGAGUGCUCGGGAGUUUAUAGAGAUGUUUACAGAUGGUGCAGAAUCAUCGGAUUUCAUGACGCAACGACGAGCAUAUUCGAUGGAAGUAUAUGCAGGACAGAGCUGCUCCUCAGAUGCCCCCUUGCCCAAUGAGGAUGAGCUCUUUGAACGAUACUUUUCCUCCCUCCACAGCAACCACUACAGGUCAAGAAUGUGGACGAGGCCUUUACUCAUCUCAUCUAGUGGCAUUGGAUGGACGGGUGACACUACCUGCGUCUCUGGAGCGGCUUGCGUAUUCUCCAAUGAUUGGUACUCUCAGUGCCUGCCGUCCUCUUCUACCACCAUUCGCCCUUCGUCAUCGUCGAGCACGACUCGACCGGUCAGUACGACCUCGGCCUCGACCUCGACAGCGACUGGUUUCGUAGACUUGGCAGUAGCAGCAGGCAAGCAAUAUUUUGGUAUCAUGAUCGACAACUCCGACCUGGAAAAGCCAGAAUAUAUGGCGACACCCGGAAACAGAAUGAAGUGGGAUGCUACGGAGCCGUCUAGGAAUCAGUUUUCGUUCUCAGCCGCUGACGCUCUCGUGACUUGGGCGCAGAGUGGCGGGCGACAACUGCGAGGACAUACUCUUGUCUGGCAUAAUCAGCUUCCUGCGUGGGUCACUAAUGGCGGAUUCAACAACGCGACACUCGUCUCAGUCCUACAAAACCAUGUCACCAAUGUUGCCAAGCACUUUGCUGGAAAGCUCAAGACGUGGGAUGUGACAAAUGAAAUCUUCAACGAAGACGGGACCUGGCGCCAGAGCGUAUUCUACAAGACGAUUGGAGAAUACUAUGUCGAUAUUGCAUUCCGCGCAGCAACCGCAGCAGACCCCAACGUCGGGCUCGCCGCCAACGACUACAAUCUCGACACUACCAAUGGCAAAGUAGCCGCCUAUGUCGCCCUCGUCAAACGACUCAAAGCGCGCGGCGUCAAAAUCACCCAAGUGGGCUCCCAAGCACACCUCACCGUGGGUCAAACACCCUCUUUCAACUCGAUGGUCUCGGCCCUCAACUCUUUGGUGGCGGCUGGCGUGGACGUGGCCAUCACCGAACUUGACAUUCGUAUGCAGCUCCCCGCGACGUCUGCCAAGCUCGAACAGCAGAAAAAGGAUUAUAACACCGCGAUAAGAGCAUGUAUGGCUGUUCCGAGAUGUGUUGGUAUCACGAUUGCGGGCUAUACGGACAAGUACAGCUGGAUCCAAAACGGCGCUCCUUUACCGUAUGACGAGAAUUAUCGGCCUAAACCGGCAUAUUACGGUAUCAUCGACGGUCUCAAGGGCAUCGCCGAUACCUAA